CUCAGACAUAGCGUCUGUCAGCGAGUGAAUGACACGCCUCUGCAUCAAGAGCACGUAAAGGAACGGCGCACAAGGGCAAAAGGAUGAAGCUUUUCCACUCGGCCACCCUCACAGCAGCGGCUCUCGUGGCCGCCGCCGGCUGCGUAAAUGCACACGGCGGCCCCGAGACGAAAGGCGAGCUGCAAGAGUUCAUGUCGCGCCAAGAGUCUGCGUACCACUGCGCGCCAGCAGUAGCCGCCUACACGGCCGCACGCAAGCGCUCCUGGGCUCAACGCGUCCUGGGCGGCGACGCACUUGCGCACAAAAAUCUCUUCGUCGACGGCUACUUCCAGGAGCAGAUGGGUAUUGAAGGCCGCGCGGAGUCCCUCGAGGCUGUUGGGAAGCAGCUGAUGGAGUGCAACCCGGUGCAAGCGAGCAAGAUACGCAAUAGCACGUGCGUCCUUGCGCCAGAAGUCACCGAGGGACCCUACUAUCACAUCAAGGGCCACCCAAUCCGUAGCAACUUGGCUGAGUACCAGAUCGGUCUGCUCUUCCUCAUGAACGUCGGCGUCAUCGACGUCAACACGUGCGAGCCCGUACCAAACGUGCUCGUCGACCUGUGGCACGCAAACGCGACCGGCUCCUACGGAGGCCACCCGGAUCCGCGGCCGGAUCUCGUCAACGAGCAGCCAGCCGCGGACGGGGUGCGCAAGGGCCUCCUCUCCGCAUACCCCAGGACCAAAGAUGACGAGACCUGGCUCCGCGGCGCUCUGCCGACCGACGCGAAUGGUGUCGCGGAAUUCACAUCCAUUUUCCCUGGAUAUUACACAGGGCGAGCGACGCAUGUGCACGUCAAGGUCCACCCGGACUGGACGCAGCUGCCAAAUGGAACGUUCAUCAGCAGCAAGGUCCUCCAUACUGGCCAAUUAUUCGUCGAAGACAGACUCAACGAGGAGAUCGACAAGAUUUGGCCGUAUUCGGAAAACCCAAUUCGUACUCUUCCAGGCCGCGGCCGCACCCGCAACUGGGACGACUCGCUGCAGGUCUACCAGGAAGCGCAAGCGAAUGGCUACCAGCCCACGUUCGACAUUGAGUUGCUCGGCGGCGUGGUAACGCAAGGACUGAUCGGGUACAUCACCCUGGGAAUCAACAUGAGCGCGCCCGGCUAUGUGGGUAAAUGGAACCCGGAGAGCGGGAAGGCUGGGAGCCUCUGAGGACUUGUGCAUCAGUCGGAAUCCUGUAAUUUCACCACAAAGGGGUGCGUAGAGCAUCGGUAUUGACAGAAGGCACCGACGAGGAAAGAGGUCCAAGUGAGACGCAUCGUGAACGCUCUCCGCUCGGCAGAUCUCAUUGGCGAUGUACGAGUCGAGGAACCAGCUAGAACGAGAGACAGAGGACAGCGGGCAAACGGGAGAAGACGCGUCCAAGGUGACUUUACUUUGGAUGCGGAAGGAUACACUGACAUCUUGUGAAAGGUGUGUGGUGCGAAGUGGACGAUCUAGCUCAGCUCAUGCGAUCACUGGAGUGACGCGAGCUCAAAUAAGUGCUAUUAAAAAGGAG